GCCCAUCCAAAUCAAUCGUAACCAAGACGCGUGCCAUUAUGGGUAUAGAACCGAUUUCUACAGCUUCUGCGCCAUUUGCCCAAUUUAGGGCUCCGACUUGUCCGCCAGGAUUGCAGUGGGAUGCUAUGUCUAUGAUUUGUCUCCCGUCCAUGGAUACUGAUCAAUACUUGAAACCUGGGGGUUCGUGGAACCCGCCUGUACAAAGGCCUGUUCAAAGGCCUGUACAGAAGCCUGGAGGAAUACGUGAAGUAAAACCUGGAGGAAGUUCGCCUCCAGUUGGAAAACCGGGUGGUAGUUCUGCCGGAGGCUCUGGGGGAAGUCCUCAGGUUAAGCCUGUAGAAGGUUCUGAAAGAAAUCCUGGGGCCAAACCAGCAGGACGUCCUGAGAGCAAACCAGGAGGUAGUUCUGGCGGAGCUGCUGUAGGAAGUCCUGGAGGAAGACCUAUAGAAAGUCCCCAAGGAAAUCCUGGGGGGGAUAGUGAAGGAUCGAAAGGACGACUCGGAGAAAACCCGAUUGGAAGUCCUGGAGGAAAACCUGCAGGUAGUUCUGGAGAAAACUCCAAAGGAAGUGCGGUAGGAAAACCUACUGGGUCCUCUGAAGGAUCCAAGAACGUAAAUAGCAACGAUAUUAUUAUAGGCUGACUUUGAAAAUGAAUUUAAAGUGCAACUGUCAUGAAUUAUACAUAUUCAAUAUCGUUUAAAUAAAUGAUUUCAGACUUUGGUUUUUAGUUAAAGCUAAA